AUGGAUGAAUUCCGAGGUGUGGAAAAGUGGAGUAGUGACUUUGUGGUCCCCGAUUGGUACAAGAGUCAUAUGGUUAAUCUUGUCAGUAAGGGCAAAGUUCGGAUUGAGCUUAUGGUAACAGGGGGGCAAGCGUGUUACUGUAACACUUGGAAUAAAAAUCUUAGUUGGUCUGUCUAUUCAAACCAGUACUCGAGAGAAGGGACUCAAAGCGCUGUUGGUAUGUGCCGCUUUAUCCUUCCUUCCAAAGGAACAUUGAACGAAGGGCUCAUCUAUAGAAAGCAAGCUAUAGCUAUGGGAAUAAGUCAUGUCCUAAGCCUAAGGGUUUCCUGCUCCUCAGUGAACCGGAUCAACCACGACGGCAGGGUCUACUUCUACAGGUCUUGGAUUCUCCCUGCAUACAUAAUCAUCAACGACUAA